AUGCUACAGCUGGCAGGAUUUAUUAUAGCCACUGCCAUAGAGAGAUGUCACCUGCACAAACGCAUGGCACUGAGGAUGUUGCUUCUGGUCGGAACUGAACCUAAAAGGUUGUUGUUUGGGCUCAUGUUGAUCACAUGGUUUUUAGCCAUGUGGAUGAGUACCACAGGCAGCACCGUCGCCAUGAUGCUCCCAAUCGUAGAGGCGAUUUUACGCCGCCUGGAGGAAAUGGAGACGGAGAAUAAAGACAUCCCAGAUGGGAUCUCGUCAGUGGGGAAGAAAUAUCGCGAGAAUCUCGGACACAUGGCCUCGGAAGAUGACAGUAUUAGCUCCCUCGUGGACUUGGAGAAGACAAACGACGAUGGUUUUACCGACAUAGAAAUGCGAGGCGUGGACAAAUUCCCAGAAGAUAAACCGAAAUACCCCUCUACUAUUUCCAUAAAGGACAUGGAAAAAGCUUUCACUUUGUCCAUUGCUUAUGCUGCAAGUAUAGGAGGCACGGCAACUCUGACGGGGCAUUCUACGAAUCUCAUUUUCAAAGAUGUGGCAGAUCAAAUAUACGCUGACAAAAAAGCCCUCACCGAUCCCGGCAUAACGUUUGCGACAUGGCUGAUGUAUGGUUUUCCUGUAUCUCUUUUGGUUACGGUGUGCACUUGGUUCGUCUUGCAGCUGUUCUUCUUAGGUUGGAGGGACACUUUUUGUCAGGACCAGGUUUUUAAGGGGAAAGAAGAAGUUAACAAGGUACUGAGGAAGGAAUAUGAAAGUCUGGGACCCAUGACAUACGUGUCAGAUGGGACCGCGGCCAUGGCUGUUAUAUUUUCUUUAUUUGUCAUCCCGUCUAAUCCGAAAAGGUAUUUUGGUUUGGCAUCAGAUUCGACGACACGUGACGAAGGCUUUGCAGUUUGGCUACAACCCGGUUUACAUAAUGUGGCCGGUGGAAUUAUGCACAAAUAUGACGUUCAUGUUACCAGUCGGGACUAG